AUGGCUUUAUGUCCUAAACCAUACACAUUUGAAAAGCAUUUUGCGGCUGCAAAACCAUCCUCACAAAUAAACAAUAACAACAGAGGUGCUGCAAAACGUGGUUGCGAAUUCUUAUAUCCAUCUACGUCAAAUAAGAAGAUCUGUUUGCAACAGUUGAGGAGAAACGAUUUUCAAUUGAAUAAUCUGGACUUCGCUAACAAGUAUUAUUCAUCGUCAUCGGAUGAUGAUGAUUCAGAAGAUGAACAAUCGUGCUACAAUGCUGAUCAAAUAAGAGCCAAAAGAAGAGCUUCGACACGUGUUUCGUUUUCAAUUGAUCCAAAAUUGUCAAAGGCUAUUUCACAAUACAGUGAUGAUGAAGAUGAAGAUGAUGUACAGGAACGUUACUACAAUACUAAGGUAAAGAGUCCAAGUUGUUCUCGUCGCACUUCAGACUCUUCAAUCAAGAUUUUAAGAUCCGAAGAUGAGAUUGAAAAUUUGGAUUGCAAAUUAGCAUCUAGUCCUGUCAAUAGCAGCUUAUCUUUGAAAAAGAUGCUCGUUGGUGGCGGUAACGAAUGUGAUGAUGAUGACGAAGAAGAGGAAGAAGAAAGUGAUUCCAACAAUCAAUCAGUUGCUGUUGCUGAUAGAAAUGCAAGAGCUAGAUGUUUUGAAUAUUUAGUUGGAGCUAUUGAUGAGGCAUGGGCAAGAUAUUGUGAUGCCACCGCUUAUGUUGAAGAUGAAGUACAUGGCUAUAUUACACCAGCUUCGCUUGCAUCUGGCGAUGACGAAGAUGAUGAAGAUGAUAAAGAAUUGAUGAAUGUUAAAUGUCGCCUUUUAAGAUCAAAAGAUUUUCUUCAAGAUCAUAUUGAAUCAUUUGAUAUAAAUGAUGUCAAAAAAUUUUGGCAUCGUUGGGAUAUAACCAAAUAUCAAAUGUUGGAUGUUAUGGAAGACGAAGAUGAUGUCUUGGAAGAACUUGAAUCUGGUCGCAGAGUCUUUUGA